CAGGUUAUAUAUAUUCUUAUUGUGAGAAGGGAUCAUUUGAGUGUAGUAUUGUAAUUAUUGAAGGUUAAUUUGUCAUUAAAAAUUGUGGAGUGACAUGAUCUAUAUUAAAAUGAGAUGUGCUUUACCAUUUUAAUCAAGCUUACUCCGAAAACAUAUGUUGUUUCUUUUUUUUUACGUUGUUUCUUGUUUAUAUUGUUUGUGGUAAACUAGAAUUUUGGCCUGACGUAAGAGAACCGAAAAUGCCAAAAUCACACGCUUUGGGCGUGGGUGCAGUGCUUGCUCUUUCAGGGGCUCAUAUUAAUUAGAUAGAACUCCCCAACCUCAAAGUUUUACUUCCCUUGUACUCAAACAUGAAUGAGAAUGGAAGCAAAAGCUCCACCUACUCCAACUCUGAAAAUCUCUUCCUCCUAAUAAGUUACAAAUUCGCUUUCAAUCCCUUUCACUUCACAUUACAGACUCUCUAGAGGCAUCUUUUUAAAUGGUACAAAUAUUCUCCACCUUACUCUUAACCGGUGCAAAAGCAACAAACAGACCACAUAACAGGACUCAAGGGGAAAGAAAAAAGAAAAAGAAAGAUGAAUCCAACAUGGGUUUUUCUGUUGAGUAUUGCAACAAUGUUAGUGAUUGGGAAUGGAGAAUCAUCAGAAGUGAAGCUAUUGGUGAAGACAGUGAAGGGCAAGAAGGUAUGUGAUAAAGGGUGGGAAUGUAAAGGAUGGUCUGCUUAUUGCUGCAAUGAGACUAUUUCUGAUUACUUUGAGACUUACCAAUUUGAGAACCUCUUCUCAAAACGCAAUGCACCAGUGGCACAUGCUGUUGGAUUCUGGGAGUACCGUUCUUUUAUUACUGCUGCAGCACUCUACCAGCCUCUUGGAUUUGGAACCACUGGUGGAAAAACCAGUGGGCAAAAGGAGGUUGCAGCUUUCCUUGGUCAUGUGGGCAGCAAAACCUCUUGUGGUUAUGGGGUGGCUACAGGGGGACCUUUUGCCUGGGGCUUAUGCUACAAUAAGGAAUUGAGUCCUGAUAAAUACUAUUGUGAUGACUACUACAAAUUAACCUAUCCAUGCACUCCUGGUGCAGCAUACUAUGGUCGUGGAGCCCUGCCAAUCUACUGGAAUUACAAUUAUGGGAAAACUGGGGAAGCCUUGAAGGUGGAUCUGUUGAACCAUCCAGAAUACAUAGAACAAAAUGCAACACUGGCCUUCCAGGCAGCAAUAUGGAAGUGGAUGACCCCACCUGAGAAGCACAUACCUUCAGCCCAUGAUGUCUUUGUUGGUAACUGGAAACCAACCAAGAAUGACACAUUGUCCAAGAGGGUUCCUGGAUUUGGUGCCACCAUCAAUGUGUUAUAUGGGGAUCAAGUGUGUGGCCAAGGAUCUGAUAAUGAGGCUAUGAACAACAUCGUUUCUCACUAUCUCUAUUACCUUGAUCUCUUGGGCGUUGGCAGAGAAGAAGCAGGGCCUAAUGAAGUGCUCUCUUGUGCUGAACAAGCUGCUUUUAAGCCCUCUGGCACACCAUCUUCUGCAACAAAUUGAGCUUUGCUUGGUUGUGAUUCUUGGCCUGUCCAUUCUUGAAUCCUGGAAAAUCUAAUAAAGGAGGGAAAGUAGAUAAUUUCAACUACUUUUGCUUUCAUAUGAGAGUGAAAUGAGCUUGGAGUGGACACUAAUAGUUAUUGUGUAUAGAUUGUUACACUGCUAUAUAUAUCUUGGCAUUUGAUGUUUUUCCAUUCCUGUAUAAUUUGAAUAUAUUUU